UCAAAAUGUAACAUUCUCUUUGUCUCUCUGGGCAGGAAAUAUCAGAGUGCCAAUUCAUUCACAGUAUCCAGAGUAGCAGUGAAAUCAAUCACCUGCGAGACCACAGUUGAACAACUGUGUCCUUACCAAUGGCCUCCAAAGCAUUGCCCGAGGUUAUACUGCCCAAGGAACUGUUUAGAAGAGAACUCGCACAUCUCCAGAGUCAUCGGCACCAGAAUAUACUCUGAUAAAUCCAGUAUUUGCCGCGCGGCGGUCCACGCUGGGGUCAUCAGGAACGACGCGGGCGGUUACAUCGACGUGAUGCCGGCAGACAAGCGGAAACUCUACACCGCCUCCAGCCAAAAUGGCGUCGUCUCAGAGAGGUAGUUGAUGUUUGUCGAGCUUCAAUUCAUGCCCGGUGGUGUUUCAGGACUUAGGAUGAGAUCUCAACACGUAAAAAGAUGGUAGGGAAAUCAAAGUAGCCAAUGUAGUGCCUUGAAAUGAAUUCAAAAGUGUUGCUUGGAGAGUUUUGCAUGUUGGAGUAGAAACUGAUGGCUCUCAGGUAAAGUGAGCACUUUCUUUGCCCACUUCUCUCCUUCGUGAAUUGAAUCGUUUCAAGGUACAGGCAGCUCAUAACUUCUCCUGUUGUUCCUCUGGGAGAGCGGUAUGCGGGCCUCUUGCUUAGAAUUAUUCAUUUCUUGGCAAUUACA